AUGUUAUUGAAAAUAUCUAAAAAGAAGAAGAAGUCAAGUCCCAUUAAUGAUGCAAAGCAAGAAAUUGAUGAGUUUCAUGCUGAUAUUAUUGCUAGAAUACCAAAGGCAUAUUACUUUAAGGGAAUGGCAGACUACCAGCAUGUUGUUCCAGUUCAUGCUGAUAUAGGCAAGAGGAAAAGGAAGAAUUGUAGUGAGAUAGAGGAACCACAUUUUCAAACAAAAUCUGGUCUAAUGGAUUUGGGUCCAAAGGAUGUGAUGAUGCUUUUGCCUCCAUUUUUUUCAGUGCUUGAUGUGAGUAGGUGCUUGCUAGUGAAGAACAGAUUUCUUAGUUCUCAAACAAAUAGGAGCAGAGAUUUCCUACACUUCAAGCCUGAAAUUGUGGAUGGAAUUCUUUCCAAGGUGCUUUCUGGGGUUGGUUCCAUUAUUGGUGUUAUGGACAUAGGUAUAUGGCCAGAGUCAAAAAGCUUCAGAGAUGAGGGUAUGGCAGAGAUGCCAUCUCGUUGA